GGGUGCGUGGCCAGAGACCGAGGGAAGGAUGGAAGAGGGGGUCACGUACGCAGAUCUGCGCUUGCCCCCCGUACCAGCUCCUCCGCAGCCCGUGAGGCUGCCCUGGCACUGGGCAGCCCUCAGCCUGGGUGUCCUGUCCCUGCUGCUCCUGCUGGUGCAAAUCGUCCUCGUCGGCUUGAGCUUCCACUAUUUAGCCCAGCAGGCGAGCUGUGCCCAGAGAGAGGAGGAGAGCCUCAGCUAUGUGCAGCAGUCUUUUCGAGAGAGCUGCCAGUUCUGCCCGGCCGGAUGGAUAGGGGACGCGGGGCGCUGCUACUACUUCUCCUCUGCCAAGAAGAGCUGGGAGCAGAGCAAAGACGACUGCUGCUCCAGGGGGGCGCAGCUGGUCACCGUCCGAGCCAACAGCACCCUGGCUUUCCUGGCACGCGUGACCCAUCUGGACAUCUUCCACGUGGGGCUGAAGCGGGACAGCUCCAGGUUUGAGUGGAAGUGGCUGGACGGCACCCUGCUGAAGGGGCGCCUCCCCCUCCAGCGUUCCAGCAGCUCCUACGUGGCCUGCGGCAGGGUGUCCGGCUCGGGGCUCUCGGCCGGCUCGUGCGGAGAAGCCCACGGCUGGGUCUGCGAGAAGAGCGCGGUCACCCUGCAGUGGCUCCGGUCCUCCAUCCCCGCCUUCCUCUGGGGGAACACCACCUACACCUGCAUAGGGCCCUAG